CGUAUCUGAAGGUGUCGAGAAGUCAUGCCUGCUGAGGUGACAACAGUAGUUUGCUCUUCAGGUGUCGACAAAGCCUGUUGUGAAUUGCAAAGAUGGAAAAGGGUUUACCUACUGGGUAAAUAUGCGCAGAGGAAAAUCAGAGAAAUUCAGGAGAGAGAAGCAGCAGAGUACAUUGCGCAAGCCCGACGUCAGUAUCACUUCGAAAGUAACCAAAGAACGUGUAACAUGACAGUGUUAUCAAUGCUCCCAACUCUAAGAGAUGCCAUUAUACAACACCUGCAUUCAGAAAGCCUCACAGCUUUGCUAAAGAACAAGCCAGCAAAUAAGUUAGAAAUCUGGGAAGAUCUGAAGAUAAUCAGUUUCGCUAGAAGCAUAGUAGCCGUUUACAGCACCUGCAUGCUGGUUAUUCUUCUACGAGUUCAGCUCAACAUCAUUGGGGGUUACAUAUACCUAGAUAACUCUGUCAGCAAGAAUGGAACGACCCCUUUGGCCCCCCCUGAUGUUCAGCAGCAGUAUCUUUCCAGCAUUCAGCACCUCUUAGGGGAUGGGUUACAUGAACUGAUAACUGUGGUGAAGCAAGCUGUACAGGAAGUGCUAGGAGGGGUUUCUUUGAAACAGAGCCUGUCUCUUCAGGAGCUGGAGCAGCACAUUAACCAGAUCAGAGCCCUCGUCGAAGGAGGCAACAUAACUGGGCACCAGCGGCCUCUCUCCUGGUAUAUGAUGCCGGAUGAGGAGAACACAUUGGCUUCACAGGCCUGUGGUUUAACGGAGAAGGACGUUGCAACGCUAAAGCUGCUAAAUGAAACCAGAGACAUGUUGGAAAAUCCAGACUUCAGCACUGUUCUGGGCACCUGUCUGAGCCGAGGGUUUAGUCGUCUUCUGGACAACAUGGCGGAGUUCUUCAGACCACCACAGGGAGAUCCGGCCCGGAGCAGCACAGCAGACAGUCUCUCUCACGUCAGUCUUCCAUUGGCAAAAAUCAUCCCCAUUAUAAAUGGACAGGUACACUCUGUGUGCAGUGAGGUACCAAGCCACUUUGUUCAGGAUCUCCUUAUGAUUGAGCAAGUGAAGGAAUUUGCUGCCAAUGUCUACGAAGCUUUCAGCACACCACCUACACCCACACAUGAACUCCAAAAAUAAGCCCCCACAAGGACUUGGAGAGCUUAGCUGUUUAGAUGUGCACCUGACACAACAAAGGCAGUUACAUUCCUGACAGAUCCACACAUUGCAGGACCUCCUGUAGCACCGCAUGAAAUUUAUUUAUAAAACAAAAGUAAUUUCCAUUUCUGGAAUGAAAAAAAUCAUCCUCUGCCUUUGGAACAAGACGAAGGAUCUCUGCACUCAUCAGCCUUCUCUGCUUAAAGCAUUGAAGGUGCUGUGUCCUGUUUUUCCUGGGAAAAGAUGCUGCAAUGUAAUCAUUCCUUAAGCAUUCUAGGAGAAGGAAGAGGAAUGCCAAGACUGCUCUUCUUGUAUGAAGACAAGGGUAUUGGAUUCAGAAAGCUAGGGAGCUCCUCUGUCCAGUUCUUGUCCUCUCCAGUACCUUCUCCCAUGACUUUACUUACGUUGAUAGGAAGAGACUUGAUGGAGUUCAGUCAAAAAAAUAUUUUACAGCAGCAUCUUAAAGAGUGUGUUCUAUUGCAGAUGUAUAAAUGGAGAAAAUGUGGAAUUACUUUUAAAUGUAAAUCAGAAGGGCGGAUUUAGGUUCCUGUCUCCCUUUCUAAAAUCACAGCAAGCACACAGUAGAUGUUGCUGGACUAUUAAUCUACAGGAGUUCUCCAGUCCUGUUAUGUACCUGGAUUCUCUUUUAACCUCAAAGGGCCUAAAAUGCAUGUGUCACUACUUGGAACUGGGCAGCCUGGAUUGCCCUGUCCUAGCAAAGAAACAGAGGUCCAGUUUCAUGAUUCUUUAAUUGGGGAUCUGCUCACUGCUUCUGUACUAAAUCUACUGUAAUACCACAACUGUUUAAAGGCGUUGUGUGUUAAACAUGACCUCUGUUUUACCAUGAUCAUAAUUACUAGAUUCAGCCAAUUUGGGUUUUUCUUUUGUUAGAAACAAUGCAUUUUGUUGGGAAAGGAGGCAGGCAGAAAUAACAUACAAGUGAUGGUUAUUGCUCUCUGAUUCUAUUAUACAGUAUACAUUUAACAUUGGUUUCUGGACAUCAGGUGUGCAGCUAAUUGUUGUGGCCACUGUGUAUUCACAGCUAUGUGAGAAGACAUCAGUUUUUUAUUUUUUUGGAGCUGGGAUGUUUUUUUUAGUCCUGUUGUUUCUCUUUAAAGUGGCUUCAGUGAUUAUUUGUAAAUGUGGUGUGCAGUGGCUAUUUGAAGCUACUGUAUAUGGUUGCUGUAAAAUUACACCCUAUAUGGAUGAUGUAUUCAGAUGUAUAGUGUAAUAUAUGUUUCCUUGUCAAAGAUAGGUAAUGUGAAAAAGUUGGCAUUUUUAUGACAAAAGACCAAUCAACCUGUUCAUCUUAACUCACCUUGGUAUUAUUUACAUUUAUUUCAUAUGUACUGGUCUUAUUUUAUUAUCAAGAGCAAUGAGACCUUACCCAGUUGUAGCCUGUUUUGGAUUAAUUUAAUGGACAAUUCAGUGACAGAUCUAUUAAUUGAGCAAAUACAUUUCCAUUGAUGAUAUUUAAAUAACCAUGAUGUUGACUAUCAACUAUGUGAAAACUUGUCAACCUACUUAUCCUGUAGGUCUUAUAAGUUAACAUGUCUUCUAACAUACCAGGAACAGUACAAAAAGGUGUAAGAAACAUAUGAUUACUAUAGGACCAACUUAAAAUGUUUGUCCUAAAUCAGCCCUUUCUAGUCACUUAAAUUCACAGUAGAAUAAAACUUUACUGAGAUAAAAAUAAAAUGAACAGAAAAUUAGUCUCA